AUGUCUCCCCGACCUCUCACCGGCGGCGUCUACGUCCCAACCGUCGCCUUCUUCGACGCCAAUGAAGACGUCGACGUCGCCACCGUCUCCAAACACGCCGUCUUCCUCGCCCAGUCUGGCGUCGCCGGCAUCGUCGUGCAGGGCAGCAACGGCGAAGCCGUGCACCUGGACCGCGCCGAACGAAAACUCAUUGCCAGCACCACACGCCAAGCUCUCGACUCAGCAGGCUACCAACAUAUUCCCGUCAUCGUGGGCACCGGCGCGCAAUCAACCCGAGAAACAAUCGUGUUCUCUAAGGAUGCCGCCGAGGCCGGUUGCGACUACGUGAUUGCGUUGCCCCCUUCUUACUACAAGGCGCAGGACACAUCGGCGUCCCGAAUCAAGUAUUUCCAAGACGUCGCCGACGCCUCGCCCAUCCCCGUGCUCAUCUACAACUUUCCGGGCGCUGCGAAUGGCGUGGACCUGAAUUCUGACGAGAUCAUUGCUCUGUCGCAACACCCCAACAUCGUCGGCACAAAGCUUACCUGCGCUAACACGGGCAAGUUGGCGCGUAUUGCUUCGUCGGUGAAUAGGAGCGACUUCUUCACGUUUGGUGGUUCCUGCGACUUUACGCUUCAGACCCUGAUUGCCGGUGGUCAGGGCGUGAUUGCGGGCACGGCCAACGUUAUCCCGCGCGCCAGCGUGGAGGUGUACAAGCUGUAUACGGCGGGUAAGGUCGAGGAGGCUCAGAAGCUGCAGGCGAUUGUUGCUCGCGCCGACUGGAUUGCGAUCCAGGGUGGCUAUCCGGCUGUGAAGGCUGCGUUGCAGGCAUUCUAUGGAUAUGGCGGUGUCCCGCGACGACCUACGCCUGCUGCUGAUGUUGCGGCGACCAAGGCUCGGUUUGAGGAAAGUUGGGCUGUGGAGCAGUCGCUUGCUUAA